AUGCAGCGACAAAUCUUUGGAUCGGUAUCAUCCCCUUUCCUCUGCUCUCAAGUGCUCCGACAUAUUGCUGACCUACAUCACGAAGAAUUUUCUGAAGCCGCUGAACGAGUCUACAAGAACUUCUAUGUAGAUAACCUUCUGGAUUCCUUUUACACCGAAGAGGAGGCUAGUCGAGCGGUCAAAGACUCUACAGCAUUGCUAAAAAAAGGAGGAUUCCAUCUGAACCAAUGGCCGGAAGAUUUGCCCACGGAGAGAACCUUAGGUGUUUUAUAUGACAGCGAAAGUGACAGCUUCAUCUUUGAUGUUAAAACCGAUGUCAAAGCGAGUACUAAGCGUCGGAUCUUGAGGGCUGUGUCUACCUUGUAUGACCCACUGGGGUUUUUAUCACCAGUGAUCCUUAGCGCCAAAAGAAUUCUGCAAGAAUUUUGGCUUGUCGGUGUUGACUUGGAUGAACAAGUUCCGAACCAGCUCGAAGCGUUCAAGAUCCCGCGAGCUCUAACUUCGUCUAGUGACAUCCAAGACAUUCAGCUGCAUGCCUUUUGCGAUGCAUUUACCGUUGGGUUCGGCUCUCUGUCCCGGGUGGCACCCCUUCGUCCGCUGACCGUUCCGAAAUUAGAACUCCAAGGAGCAGUUGUGGCACUACGCCUUGUGAAGUUCGUCCAAUCAACCCUUCGUAUUCCCAUCAAUCAAAUCAUCUAUUUGUCUGACUCUAAAACGGUCGUUCAGUGGAUAGCCUCAAAGACAUGUCGCUUUCAGACGUUCGUCGCAAAUCGAAUAUCCGAAAUCUUAGAGCAUUCUCAACCAACUGAAUCGAGACAUGUCACAGGUAUCGAAAAUCUAGCUGAUGAGUGCAGCAGAGGACUUUUCCCUGAUGAGAUGAUGGGGAAUUACCGUUGGGUUAAUGGCAAAGACAUCUGGCAGCAAGAAGAAAACGCCUGGCCGAUAACCAUUAAACUUCCCGAACCUUCUGUUGAAGAUCCAGAGGUAUCAGCCACCAACUGGAUUGGGCUUGUUUACGGCCUCGCUGAAGAAAAUAGGCUUAUCUCCCUUUUGGAACGAAAUUCCAACUAUGACGUGGUUAUGCGAAUUGUUGCAUGGAUCCUUCGUUUCAUUUCCAACUCGAAAUUGAAAUUGCUGGAUCAUGUCAAAUCACGCAUUGGUGUCAAAUGCAUUCAGCACGCUGCUAAUCAUUGCAUCAAAUCUGCGCAAUUGGAGAAAUAUUCCAAAAAAAAUAGAGGCUUUAAAGAAUAA